CGGAAGUGACGCGAUUUCACGCUGAGCAACAUGGCGGCGUACAGGGCUGCUGGAGUGACUCGGAAUUUAUUUUCGGUUUUCACAGGAGCAAGAACUCCUGCGUGUAAAGAUCCCAGUGGAGCAGCACUUGGCAAACUUUUCUUCAACGUGAGAACGUUGCCAGGAUGUCCCGCAGCCAUGUUUGUGAGAAACAUGUUCAUUCAGACUCAAGACACUCCGAACCCAAACAGUUUGAAGUUUCUCCCCGGACGGACGGUGUUAGACUCGGGCACUAUGGACUUUGUCGCUGCCAGAGAUGCUUUCUGCUCUCCGCUGGCCAGGCAGCUCUUCAGAAUUGAUGGAGUCAAGAGCGUCUUCUUAGGGCCAGAUUUCAUAACCGUCACAAAGGCUGAUUCACAUACAGAGUGGAAGGUGAUUAAUCCUGACAUCUUUGCCACCAUUAUGGACUUCUUCACAUCCGGCCUUCCUGUCGUUAAUGAAGACGCAGCUCCACGCUCAGACACCGCACCCUCGGACGAGGACGAUGAGGUCGUUGCCAUCAUCAAAGAGCUGCUUGACACGCGGAUCAGGCCCACGGUGCAGGAGGACGGGGGCGAUGUGGUCUAUCGGGGUUUCGAGAACGGCGUGGUGAAGCUGCAGCUCCAGGGCUCGUGCACCAGCUGCCCCAGUUCUGUUGUCACGCUUAAGAGCGGCAUCCAGAACAUGCUGCAGUUUUACGUCCCUGAGGUGGAGGGGGUCGAACAGGUGAAAGAUGAGGACGAGGGAGUGAAACAGCACACCCAGGGAUGAGAGCUAAUCUGGAUCUGGACAAUGCUCCUCCUCUGGGGCGUGAUGAAGAUGACACCAAAUCGUGGAACUGUUGUGGAGUUUUCCCGUUUUGACAAAAACAUCUGAAACGGUUACACCAAAGCCGAUCUCGAUCGUUGUCUUUGGUUUUGUCCCAAAUCAAAGUGUGUCCCCCUGCUUUAAUAUGAAUGUUUUAUUUUUAUUAUUAUUAUUAUUAUUAUUAUUAAACUGAUUUGUGUUUAUUGCACUGGACUGUAGGUUUAAGUUGAGUGACCUCGCCUUAGAUCCUGACCACAUCAAGCACUUAUGAUAUUUAUAGCAUUUUCAUUUCCUGCCCAGUGUCACCCGCUACAACCCGACACACAAACCCAGAAAUUUUUCUUUUCUCUGAAGGUUUUUUUUUUUUUGUCUCUGUGUAUACUGUACAUGUAAAUUUGACUUAAAAAUCUAAAUUAAAACAUUUAAAAUGUA